AUGACCUACGUUGAUGGUCUUGGUACAAUCAGCACCAAACUUCGCAACCGCCUCAGGCGAUUCUACGACGCGCUUGUUCUCCUUUCCAGUCUAAUCGAAGCCUGCAAGGUUAAUGGCCAGAAGCGAGCUAAUAGCGAAGGAUAUGAACCGAGUGAUAACCCAAACGUUGUCCUCGAGUGCUUCAUAAACAAGUUGGCGCAGGUUUGCGAUAAUGUGCCAUUUGGAGACACAGUUACUGCCUUGGCAAUCACCAUUCGCAAUUACGACGGCUUGCUUUACACUUUUGCCUCCAACAGGCAGACUGUGGGAGACCCCAAUCAGGCCACAAACUUUGUCCGCCGACUGCUCAAUGAUAUGGGCACCGCGACCUUAAAUCAAGUCAAAGACGAUCCUCACAGCCCAUUGUUUCAAAGAGCGCUUCAACAGAUUCUGGAGUUCCAUGACAAACGAAUUCUGGCGUAUCGCGAUAAGCUGAUGAAAUCUGUAGUGGCCUGUAUCGCCGACUGCGAUGCCAAUGACUCUCCUGAAAAGAAUGGCAAUCUUGUCCACGCUGCGGCCACUCUACGGGCUUCACCCGUGUAUGAUGACAUUAUUGAGAGAACCAGGGCAGGUAGAAUGAAUGAGUCUGAAAGAUGGUGUGACCUCUCCCACUUUGUCGGGCGUCUCGCUUCAUACUUAGGCAUGGUCCGCGCCAUCAUCAUCGCUCGCAGACGUAUUCCAGAGCUAUUCGAGAAUUUCAACAUCGUUUUCCUGCCGUCUAGCAAUCCUUUGCCGAAUCCAAUCACAUGUCUUCAACCUUCGACAAUGACAGCUGCAAAGCGCCGAAGCCUCCGAACAGCCAAGGCGAUUAUCAGUCGCAUGGUUUCCGAAUCCGCAGAAAUAUCUAAGUACCAGGGGUACGCUGAGGAGCUCCAGCGCUGUGGCCUGGAUGAGUUGAUAUCCAAGGAAUGCACAAAAGAAUCUUUUCACCCCAUUGUUCAUUGCGAGAUUCUCGUUCUUGAUUGGCUGUGUGGACAAUACCCCACUGGAACUGCUUCUAUCCCCUUUUUCCGGGACUUUCGAUAUAUCGGCUGUAGCAAGCCAACGUGCCGUCUCUGCGAAUACUACUUUGCUGCUCACAGAAGCGGCAUACAAGUUCGCCGGGGACACAAGAACGUCUACCUGAACUGGGUUGUUCCCAACGUCACGGAUGAAAGCCCGGAAUGGGCCAAGGAGAAGGAUAGUCUCAUUGACAAAGUAUUGGGAGGUGUCCGGCGGGAUGCGCUCUCGGCUCUGGAGGAGAAGGUCACUGACCACAAGAGAUGGGACUCAGACACCUUUUCAUAUCAGCAGACGUUCCAGUCUCUGGCUAGCACAUCUGUUCGUGGCACCGACCUGGCUUCUGUGAUGAGUCUCUUAUCAAUUGCUGAAGGAGGACCAUCGUGCCGCCCUCAGAGAUCAGUGAUUGUCGAUGAUGAUUCAUGGAGCGUUGCAGGUCACGCGGACCAAGAGGCCGAGGACUCUGAUGAUGAUGAUGGUGGGGCUCUGCUUUUCUCCGGUAGACGCAGGUGA